CUAGGUUUUGCAAUGGAACGAAUAUGGUUACUGCUCCUCCUGACAAUUCAGGUGCUUUCGGUGACUGCACAGUUCAAUGGAUAUAACUGUGAGGCCAACCUACAUAGCAGGUUUCCUGCUGAACGAGAUAUCAGUGUCUACUGUGGAGUACAAGCAAUUACUAUGAAGAUUAAUUUUUGCACAGUUCUUUUUUCUGGUUAUUCUGAAACAGAUCUGGCCCUGAAUGGGAAACAUGGGGACGCUCACUGCAAGGGGUUUAUAAAUAACAACACCUUUCCAGCAGUGGUCAUUUUCAUUAUCAAUCUCAGCACUUUGGAGUCCUGUGGAAGCAUUCUAGUGGUAUCCUCCGUUCCAGGCAUCAAUGCAUAUGGGAAUGUAUCAGUGGUACAGAUAGGUAAUGUUUCAGGCUACAUAGAUACGCCAGAUCCACCAACGAUCAUCAGCUACUUACCAGGGCUUCUGUACAAAUUUAGCUGUAGCUACCCAUUGGAAUACUUGGUCAACAAUACACAAUUGGCUUCGUCAUCAGCUGCUAUUUCUGUAAAAGAGAACAAUGGGACAUUUAUCAGCACUCUGAGUUUGCUCCUUUACAAUGACUCAACCUAUAGCCAGCUGCUGGUUAUCCCCAGUAUAGGUUUACCUUUGAAAACAAAAAUAUAUGCAGCAGUGCGAGCAACCAACCUAGAUGGCAGAUGGAAUGUGUUGAUGGACUAUUGUUACACCACUCCAUCUGGUAAUCCCAAUGAUGAGCUUCGAUAUGAUCUCUUCUUUAGCUGUGACAAGGACCCACAGACCACUGUAAUUGAGAAUGGCAAGAGCCAGAUGGGCCGGUUUUCCUUUGAGGUGUUCCGCUUUGUGAAGCACAAGAACCAGAAGAUGUCUACAGUCUUCCUCCAUUGUGUGACAAAGCUGUGCAGAACGGAUGACUGUCCUUUUCUUGCACCUAUUUGCAGUAACAGAGAAAGAAGAGAUGCUGUUAGGAGAACAACUUGGAGCGCUCAAAGCACCUCUGGAAAUGCUGUCAUCUCUGCUGGCCCUAUCAUUACAAGGAGUGAUGAGACACCAACCAACAAUUCGCAGCUAGCUCAUCUAAAUGGAUCUCCUUUCCAGCUGAACUCAGUCACCACUGCACUGAUUUCAGGAAUAGUCAUUCUAGGGAUUAUGAGCAUUUUCUUUUUUGUAUGUUCCCUCACCAUCCUGCGCAGGAAAUGGCCCAGCAGCUCAGUUUUGGGUGGUGUACGAAACCCAGUUUUCAACUAA